GCUGAUCGUAAAUAUAACUCUUAUUAUGAGUUCCAAUUUCAGAAGCCAAAAAAAAAACCCGUCUCCUUCUUCCCUUGUCUUUCUCUCACCAAGUUUACCUUUCCAUGGCGCUUCCUCACCAUUUCGAUCCUCACCUACAAGACUCCAAGACUUUCAGAGACUUUUGCGGGAUUUCACAAGCAUUAGGGUUCGACAGCUCCGCGAAUCUCCAUGAUCAAUCUCAGCAUCCUCCGUAUAUUCCUCCUUUCCACGUUCCCGGUUUUGCACCUGGACCGGUUUUGCAAACCGACGGUUCUGAUGACUUCGAGUGGAACAGCAGCAGCUACGGUCGAAAGAGACUAAAGGAAAUGGAUUUCAUGGACCACAAUUCUCAGAUAUCUUCGAUUGAUUUUUGGCAAGGCCGGUCUGUCUCAACCGGUUUGGGUCUUUCCCUUGACAAUGCUAAUGGCUCUGCUUUCUUGUCCCUCCUCGGAGACGAUGUUGAUCGGGAGUUACAAAGGCAGGAUUCUGAAAUCGAUCGGUUUCUCAAGGUUCAGGGAGACCAAUUACGGCAUGCUAUCCUCGAGAAGAUCCAGACGAGUCAGCAUAAAACUGUGUCGCUCAUGGAGGAAAGAGUGAUCCAGACACUUCGUGGAAAAGACGAGGAACUCGAGAUGAUAAACCGAAAGAACAAGGAACUCGAGGUUCGAAUUGAACAGCUGACACUGGAAGCCGAGGCAUGGCAACAACGUGCGAACUACAACGAGAACAUGAUUGCUGCUCUCAACUACAAUCUCGAACGAGCUCACGGUCGGCCUAGAGAGAGCAUGGAAGGAUGUGGAGACAGCGAAUUGGAUGACACAGCGUCUUGCUUCAAUGGUAAGGCCACGAUGAUGAUGUGCAGGUUUUGUGGAGUGAGAGAGGUGUGUAUGUUGUUGUUGCCGUGUAAGCAUAUGUGUUUGUGUAAGGAGUGUGAGAGUAAGCUUAGCUCUUGUCCUUUGUGUCAGUCUUCUAAGUUUCUAGGGAUGGAAGUCUACAUGUGAUAUGAUAUUGACCCAAGCUAAAAACUCUAAUUAGCUAACGAACUCUUUUGUAAUUUGUCUCGUUUAUUUUGUUUGUUAAUAUUCUUAUGUUUAAUAAUGUUUGGAACUGAGUUAUGAAAAUAGUAAUCCAUAUGUUCCAAUA